GUGGAACCUAACUUUAUUUUCCUCAGUUAUCAUACGCAACAAAAGUAAUAUAUACUACAGUGUUUUUCGCAACCGCGAAGUGUCGUUUGGCAGUAGUUAGCUCUUUAUACUAUAAUAGCUACAUUACGUGAAAUGCCACUGGCCGUAACGACGUCAGUCCAACAUGGCGGCGCACAUAGCACGACGCUGUUAUCUUCUUUGUCGUAGUGCAGGAGUAAACGGGACUCCACAACAUGUAAAACUAAGGGAUUUUGUAAUAAGAGACAUUAACAACACUUUCCAGCUGCGUGUUGCCUACGGCACCCGAGGAACAGACAUCACACAGGAUGCCCAAGUGCACAUUCCAGUGGACCGCCUGACGGUGUCUUACUGCAGAAGCAGCGGGCCUGGUGGUCAGCAUGCCAAUAAAGUCAGCACAAAAGCAGAGGUCCGAUUCCACGUGCAAACUGCAGACUGGAUCCCAGAAGAUGUCCGACAGAAAAUCUUUGAAAAGAACAAAAACCGCAUCAAUAAGGCCGGGGAGCUGCUGGUGACCUCAGAGCUGAGCAGGAGUCAGCAGAGAAACUUUUCUGAUUGCAUACAGAAGAUUUCUGCCAUCAUAGCUGAGGCCAGCAGGAAGCCACGUGAACCAACAGCAGAAGACAUAGCUCUCAGGGCAAAGAGGUUAGAGAAGUGGAACAAGGAGCGACUCAAACAGAAGAAGAUCCAUUCAGCUACCAAGAACAGCAGACGAGUGGAUUUUGACUAAUUGAUUGACUGUUACGUUUCUACCUCCCGCGCUUGUUUUGUCAAUAAUUACAUAUAAUGUAUAUGUCCAGUGUCAAUGACUUUGUCUUUAAUUUUCUGUACAAUGAAAUGAAGUAACAACAUUUAUCUUACUAAAUACCAGAAAUAUACAAACCAGUCUAAGAUUAAAGUAAACGACUGCUGAUUCUGUGCCCUGCAUAUUGAUCAUCAUUGGUCAUCCCACAAUAUUUGGUCAAGACUUUUAUUUAUUUUCAUAUAGUUGAGCCUGUUGUAUGGAGGACUUAUGUAUACAUACCUACAUGUAAAAAAUAAAUAAUGUAAUAAAUAAAUACAUUCUUAAAUCAAUUCAAUUAAUAAAUAUAUGAAUGUCAAAUCUAUUUCUACAUUUUUGUUCACCUAGAGAUUAUUUCCAUGUCUCUAUGUUAGCGAGGUAGGUUCUGAGGUUUAUCAAUGUAUUUAUUAUUUUAUUU